UGACCAACCACAACAACUCCAACACCAAACUCUUCUUCGCCGACAUCGAGUUCCGCGAAUCCCAAUCCUCUUUCCACCUCUUCGGCGUCAACUCCCUCCCCCACAUCCGCCUCGUCGGCCCCAACGCCAAAUCGUUGAAGGAUGACUCCGAGCAUAUGGACCAGGGCGAUUUCUCUCGAUUGUCUGAGUCCAUGACCGAGUUCGUCCAGUCGAGAACUAAACUAACCGUGGGUCCCCUCCAUCGUCCUCCCAUUCUCUCGAAAACGCAAUUGGGUCUCAUCCUUGUCCUUUUGUUGAUCUCUGCUCCGUUCGUCGCUAAAAAGAUCUUCUCCGGCGAAACGUUCUUACACGAUCCCAAGAUUUGGCUUUCCGGCGCCGUUUUUGUUUAUUUUUUCAGUGUUUCAGUUGCAAUGCAUAAUAUAAUCAGGAAAAUGCCGAUGUUUCUGCUGGAUAGGAACAACCCGAACACAUUGAUUUUCUUUUACCAAGGAUCGGGGAUGCAGCUCGGAGCGGAAGGGUUCACCGUCGGUUCUCUGUAUACAAUUGUGGGAUUGUUGCUUGCUUUCGUCACCCAUUUGCUUGUUUAUGUUAAGAACUCGAAAACCAAGCGAGGGGCGAUGCUUUUUGCGAUUAUUGUUUCCUUUUGGGCGGUGCAGAAAGUGGUUUUCUUGGACAAUUGGAAGACUGGAUAUUGGAUUCGUGGAUAA